UAUCAGCCAGGAUUUGCGUAGGAGGUCUGCCGACGUUCAUUUCAUAUUCUAGCACUGUAUUUUGGGACGCACGGUACAGUCACGUCUCCGCCCCGAUCUGCCCCCUUAGCGCCCUGCCUCUUCCCAGCAAAUUUAAUCGGGUAAAAUGUUUUUUUGGAACCGCGGAGAGCACUUCGACGAGGAAAAGACGGCGAGAAGUGAAUGACAACUAAGGACAUAACUCGGCAACGCCGCCUACUUGGCGGACAUUUAUCACGCUGGGAACAUUUUAAGGCUUUUAAAUGUAGGGGGUUUCAGGAAUAACCCACUGCGCACCGCUAUUUAUUGAGAGUGGGGGUACUUUUCUCUGACAGAGAUGGAAAGUGUGCAGGCUGUCGCCGAGGAUGCGCCGUCAGAUGGAGACGCGACCAAGUUAAUGAAGAAGCCCGGCGGGCCGUCUGUCGCCCGGGGGACUCCAGUGGAUGAUGGCGGUAGACGGUCGGCACCCUCCCGCGCUGAGACGAAGAACAGGAAUAGCCUAUCUCAUUCCGCCUCCAUGCCGGCGACUAGUGCGUCAAACCGGGCCGUGGCGUCUAAUGGCCGGAGCUCGUCCAGUAACUCCAGCUCCCUCCUGUUGAGACGGCGGCGCUUGAAGAGGAACCUCUCCGCCGCAGCUGCAGCAACAACUCCCGCCGCCAGCUCAGCUGUCACCGCGAAGAUGAGCUCGGCCCUGUCCUCCGCGUCCCUUCACACCCGGAGCCUGGACAGGAAGACCCUGCUGAAGCACCGCCUGAACCUGCAGCUGCAGCCAGCGGAUCGCGAGUGGGUGAGAGCGGAUUUGCACCGGGGCUGCAUUCACGUACACGAUAGGCUGACGUCCUCAUAUCCCAGGCCAGUCCUUUGCACUAUGGAUAACACUGCCGGCGAGGUGGCGCUCCGACUGAGUAAACUCUGCAGCAAGUCGAGCUCGGUGAUGCGCAUAUUUUGUAAAGAUACCUCCAAGACUGACCAAAAUGGCAACUGCAAUGUGAAGUGUGAAUUCAAUGACGAUUCCUUUCAUACGAAAGACGGGUCACUAAGAAAGUGCAGCCAGCAGACUUCCUUAGGAUCUGCAGAAGUGAGUGGGCACCCGGGUGACAGAUUGAGGCUGCUGCUUAUGGAGAAUGCAGAUGACAGGCAAAAGCAACAGGAAGUUGAUGGGAAACUUUUCACCCCCGAAUCAGAGUCACAGGAUAACAUAACCUGCUCGCUGUCAGACCUGAACUCCAAUUUGGAUAUCCAUAAUGAUGACGAUUCGGAGCAUAGGAAUGGCGUGGACAGCUACGGAUUAAACUCUGGCUCAGAUGUGGAGAGCAGUGCGUUUGAUGACCUGAGCUCAGGGGCCCGCCUCAGUGAGCACAGAGACUCCCUGAGUGAUGACAUGAUCCUGGGAACAGAAGCAUCCAUCCUCAGCCCCUCAUUUGACAGUGCCACAGAGGGCCACGACAUGUAUGGAAGUUCCUCAGACGAGCUGGAGCUCGAUUGUCCAGUGUCCGGGUCAGGCAUUGACCACAGCAAUGGCAUCUCAGCUGUCACUGCCAGCUACACGGAGCGCAGCAUGGGACAUUUAAAUGACAUGACGAAAAACGUGGGCCCUGAUAGCAGACUGAACUCACACAGUUUGGGCAGCCUGCCACCCAGCAGUAGUGCCGGCUCAUUGUCAAGAUUCUGCUCCACAGAUAUUACACCUGGCAUUCAAGACUGUGGUCAAGAUGCUGUGAAAGAGGAGCCGACAGCACUCCAAAAUGGAGAUUGUAGUGAUACCAGCCCCACACUGUAUGUUCAGCUUCAUGGUGAGGCUGUGAGGAGGCUUAGUCCAGAUGAGAGGCCUCUGCAGAUCCAGAAUGAAUUUCUGUUUAAGCUUGGAUUUAAGGACCCUUGGAGAGUUCAAGAGGAAGGACUCAACACAGAAAUCGGCUCCCUGUUACGUUUUUAUGCAGGGAAGCCCCAAAGUAUUGAGAGUUCUGAGCGGGUCCAGCUCUCAGGGACCUACAACGUCCGGAAAGGGAAGCUCCAGCUGCCAGUCAACCGCUGGACCAGACGGCAGGUCAUUCUAUGCGGCUCCUGCCUCAUCGUCUCCUCUGUCAAGGAGAGCCAGAUCGGAAAAAUGCACAUCCUGCCGCUCAUUGGCGGGAAGGUGGAGGAGGUGAAGAAGCACAAUCACUGUUUGGCCUUCAGCUCGGCAGGGCCUCAAAGUCAAACCUACUAUGUCAGCUUUGACAGCUUCACAGAGCACCUGCGCUGGCACAGACAUGCUGCCAAGAUGGUGUCUCAGAGAAUCAACUCAGUUGAUUUGUCCUGCUGCAGUCUGGAACUUCUUCCCCCCAACCUCUUUUAUAGCCACGACCUCACCCACCUCAACCUAAAACACAACUUCCUGCCUGCAGACCAUCGCCUUCAGCAACUGCAAAGGUUCUCUCGUCUCCGCAGCCUCAACCUCUCCAAUAACCACCUUGGUCAGUUCCCGUUGGCCAUUUGUGACAUCCCCACCCUGACAGAGGUCAACCUCAGCUGUAACUACAUGGACUCUGUCCCCAGCUCUGUGGAGGCCAUGAGCAAUUUGCAGACAUUCCUGUUGGACGGAAACAGUUUAAGUGAGCUGCCGUGUGAGCUGGGGUCCCUGCAGAGGCUGAGCUACUUAGGCCUUUCCUUCAACCAGUUCAGCCAUGUGCCCCAGGUGCUCGAGCGCUUGGCUUCCAUGGAGAAGCUUUGCAUGGCUGGAAACAACCAGGAAACGCUCACCCUGCAGAAUUUCAGACUGCUCCAUGUCAAACACAUCGAUCUAAGGUUGAAUAAGAUCUCCGUCAUGGUGCCAGAUGAGCCGGACCUGCUGAGGCACGUGACCCAGCUGGACCUGAGGGAUAACCAACUGACGGAGCUUGACGCCUCCAUCUUCCCAAGGCUAGAGGUCCUCCACUGCGAGAGGAACCACAUAACAUGUCUUAAGGUCAAAGGUUCCCUGCUCAAAGGCAUCUACGCCUCAAAUAACGAAUUACGACAGCUGGAUGUAAGUCCUGUGCCUUCCAAUCUCACUUACAUGGAUAUCUCGAGGAACCACAUGGAAUCCGUGCCAGACUGGCUGUGUGAAGCGAAGAAACUGGAAGUGCUGGACGUGAGCCACAACCUCAUCACCGAGCUCCCGGCGAGGUUGUUCUGCAGCAACAGUCUAAGGAAGCUGAGUGCUGGACAUAACCAGCUGCAGAAGCUGCCUGAAAGAGUGGAGCGCCCUCUGCUGGAGGUUUUGGAUGUUCAGCAUAAUCAACUGGUGGAACUUCCCUGCAACCUGUUCCUCAAAUCCAACAGUUUACGAUGCGUAAAUGCAUCAGCCAACAAGCUGGAGCACCUGCCACCCUCCAGUCUGUCAGAGGAAAGCCACAGCAUCCUGCAGGAGCUCUACCUGACCAAUAACUGGCUGACGGACAAGUGCGUGCCGAUGCUCACAGGUCACACACACCUGCGGGUUUUGCACAUGGCGUACAACCACCUCCAAACCUUCCCAGCGAGUAAAAUGGCCAAGUUGGAGGAGCUGGAGGAAGUGGACCUGAGUGGAAACAUGCUGAAGACCGUUCCCACCACCAUCAUGAACUGUAAACGGAUGCACACGCUUAUUGCCCAUUCCAAUUCCAUCGAGGUCUUCCCUGAAGUCAUGCAGCUGAUGGAGAUGAAGUGUGUGGACCUGAGCUGUAAUGAGCUGAGUGAGAUCACUCUCCCAGAGAAUCUGCCUCCAAAACUUCAGGAGCUGGACCUCACUGGCAACCCGCGCCUCAACCUGGACCAUAAAACCCUCGAGCAGCUUAAUAACAUUCGCUGUUUUCGUAUUGAUCCACCACCAACCUUUUCAUCGAAUGAGGCAUCUGGGGGGCCCGCUGUGUGGAGUCAUGGUUACACAGAGGCCUCAGGCGUAAAGAACAAACUCUGUGUUGCCGCACUUUCAGUAAACAGUUUCUGUGAGAGUCGGGAAGCUCUGUACGGUGUGUUCGACGGAGACAGGAACGUGGAAGUGCCCUACCUGCUGCAGUGCACAAUGAACGAUGUCCUGGCCGAGGAAAUCCACAAGACGAAAAGAGAAGAGGAUUACAUGACCAACACCUUCCUCGUCAUGCAGAGGAAAUUGGGAACAGCUGGACAGAAACUCGGCGGCUCUGCGGCUCUAUGUCACAUCCGACACGACCCUACCGACCCCAGUGGCUGCUUCGUCCUCACAGCAGCUAAUGUGGGAAAGUGCCAGGCCAUCCUGUGCCGGGACGGGAAGCCCAUGUCCCUGUCGCUGCUUCACAACGUGGGCCUUGAGGAGGAAUACCGUAGGAUUAGGCAGCACAGAGCCAUCGUGACUGAGGACAACAAGGUGAACGGCGUGACUGACUCCACAAGGAUUAUGGGCUACUCCUUCCUUUUCCCCUCAGUCAUUCCUUGCCCCUAUGUGCAGACGGUGACUCUCACCCCUCAGGAUGAGUUCUUCAUCCUGGGCAGCCGUGGGCUGUGGGACGCUGUGUCUCCUACAGAAGCAGUGGAGGCGGUUCGGAAUGUCCCGGAUGGUCUCGCUGCGGCGAAGAAGCUCUGCACCCUGGCUCAAGGCUAUGGCUGUACCGACAGCUUGAGUGCAGUCGUGGUGCAGCUCAGCGUGAGUGAAGACUGCUGCUCCUGCUGCUGCUCCGACCCGCCCCAGCCUCCCCCUAGUCCCGGCCUGGGCGCCUACCCAUCGUCGUCUUCUGCCAUUAAAGAUCGACCCUCGGACGGCUCACUGCCUGUUCCGCCGUCUUCCUGCAGCGAAAUUAGCAGCGAGAUCAGCACCAGCGAGAUGAGCAGCGAGGUGGGCUCCACGGCCUCGUCCGACGAGCCCCCGCAGAGCUCCUUUGUGUUGCUGCAGGAUCAGCCUCACCACCCUCAGCUUCACUUGCACCAUCAAGCCCAGCUGCUGUCUCUACAGCAGCAGCAGUCCCACACAACCUCCCAGUCCUGCCAGUAUCUCCUCCCAGGUUCAGAACUGGCUUCCGCUCGGAACUGCUGUGCGCUCCACCCAGCCUGCCUGGCCGGCUCCUUUCAGAGGCAGCUGUCCAGCGCCACCUUCUCCAGCGCCUUGUCCGACAAUGGGCUGGACAGCGAGGACGAGGAGCCCAUCGCCGGCGUUUUCUCCAACGGGAGCCGAGUGGAAGUGGAGGCAGACGUUCACUGCCUGAAAGCGGAGCUGUCGCAGUUAUCACCGUCCCAAAGCCUCGUACCCGCAUCGUCCAGUCAGGAACGCAUCUUGCUCAACCUUCCUCCACCGCCUCCACCUCCUUGCACCCCUGAACCCCUAGAGGACGGUGUGGACCUGAAUCUGGCAGAGGCCGAGAAUGGCCUGGAGAGAGACGAGUCGUGGCAAGGUGUGGGAGCAGGAGCUGGGGAUGGUGGGAAGUUUCCGGGGAAGAGGAGGGUCAAUGGUUCUGUGGCGCGUCAAGAGAAGAGUCACAACCUCAUUGAGGUGGCAGCCGACGCCCCGUCCAAGAAAUCAGGGGGUUACUUCACAGCGCCGGCUCAGCCUGACCCGGACGACCAGUUCAUCAUCCCCCCUGAGCUGGAGGAAGAGGUGAAGGAGAUCAUGAAGCAGCAUCAGCAGAAACAGCAGAAGCCAGCCGGGACGGAUCAGCCCACUGAUUACUAUGACACCCCUCUCUAGAGGGACACCGAUUCAUCUCCUCUACAGCACGCUGUGAUUCUUCCGUUCAUGCCCACGGACGGGUGGGUUUCGCCUGGAGGCUGUAGAAUGCACAUGUGAAAGUGUUUCACAACAGGCUUCUUCCAUGCGCCGCCUCUUUGGAGGAACAUGUAAUGAAGCAUUCUCAGAGUGAAACAAGCAAAUGAGCCCUUUAAUGAUCCUCAACCUCCUCAAAUCGCCCGAGAGGACACAAAUUCCACGCACCCUUCUCGCAGACCUGUUUUUUUUGUUUGUUUUUGUUUUUCCAGUACAUAAUCAAUACUAGUCUAUUUGCAGAUGGCAUUAGCUUGUUAUUGUACUUAAUAUGGAUAAUGAUUCCAUGGUUUAUUUUGUUUUGUAAGAACUUAAAUCAGUGUGAUCGCAGUGAAGUUGCUAAAAGGAACCUUUUGAAAUACAGACUCAUCUUUUUAUUAUCAAUCGAUUUUUGAUGAAUCAUACGCCAUUACUACCACACCUAACUGUUUUAGAUAGGGCACUUAAAAUACUGUAUUUCUUCAGUAAAUCACAGUUCUUUGGCCUGUAAAAUGACAUAGAGAUUUUUUUGUAGAAAAUUUCCAAUACUAACUCCUAGGAGUUGCAUACUCUUUAUGGUGACUCAGUCACUUUUUUACUAAUCUUCUCUGAGAGAAAUGGUGAUUCUUUUUCAAUGAUUGUAAAUAAGAAAAAUGUUGUAUACUGAUGCUUUUAAAGGAACUGUAUGUCGGUGAAGGCUUCUAGCUGUGGGGAGGAUUUAUUGUUUGCUGUUAUGGAGGCGUGCCCCCUUUAUCUAAACCCACAAAACAUCAACAUCACAACAGACACACACACACAAAUGUAAAUGUGCAAUUGCAGGAUGGAAACUAACAUUCCGUAAAACAUUUAUACACUAAGUUGCAAUGGUUUGCUCCACUUUGUUGAACUGUGAUGUCCUGUAGUCAUCACUGUAUCUACUGAACACUAAUAGGUAUUUGCAUGCACACGCAAACAAUCACACACACGCACACACACACAAGACAUUCACAUACAUGGAUACUCACAGGUAAUUAGCCCCACCUUCCUCCUGCAGUAACUGUUAUCACCGGCAUGACUGUGUCUAGUUCAGUAACACCAACAAGUAUAGCCACAAGGAAAAGAGACACUACAAAAUGUUCCUGUCUUUGGUAUAAUAAAUUUUAAAUUUGUGAAUAUAA